CUUGUUGGAUGGAAAGGUAAGGAAGGUUGAGCAUGGGAACGUACCUGGAAGACUACCUCGAGAGCAUCUACAUGCUCCCGUCGGAGGUGAAGCGCAAUUUCGAUCUCAUGCGAGAGCUGGACAAGGCAACCAGUGGACUCCUCGACAGCCUGCGUGACUCCCAGAGCACGUACCUCCGCGAUGCGAGGGAGCGCGUCCGAGUGCGAUGCGCCGACACGACCCUGCCUGAACCCACGGAGGAAGAACUUCGGGCAUUGGUAGGAGUUGAGGACGAUGCAGCAGAUGCAGACGUUCCCCCUGACUUGGACAACAGCCCAUUGGCGAAACUAAAGGCGAAGCGGCACCUGGUCGUACAGAAGAUGGAUGAGAAGGUCGCUAUUGCGUCGCAGAGCUACGAUUUGAUCGACCACCACAUCCGGCGACUGGACAACGAGUUAGAGAAUUACACAGCACUGCUCAAGGCGAACGGGGAGUACGAGGAUGAGCGAGUCGUCGUGGCUCCGGUGAAGAAGCAAAAGGAAUCGACUGCCGAGCCUGCAACUCAAGUCAGUGUGGCUGUGGCGUCCAACAAAAAGUCUGGUGCGGCGUCGUCUGCCGCCGCUCCCGUCACCGUCACGAAGAAGUCAGGGGGCCGCAAGCGAAACGCCGCCGACGCCCAACUGGAAGCGAUCCCCGAGGCCGCCGCCGUGGCCCUGCCGUUGCUGGAAGACCUGCCGAUCGACCCGAACGAACCGCUAUACUGCCACUGCCGGCGCAUUUCGUACGGCCAAAUGAUCGGAUGCGACAACGAAGACUGCAAGUACGAAUGGUUCCACUUCGACUGCGUCGGCCUCACGGAGCAGCCGUCCGGCACGUGGUUCUGCAAGGACUGUAGCACGGGAGCUUUGACUAUAUAACACUGAGAUAAUGUUCAUACUAGUAUCGUAGA